UUAAGCCUCAGUCUGGGUUAGCGCCUCUCCGGCUGAGAGGAAACUUCUUUCAGUCUCGAGUAGGUCUGAUUUGGCUCUUUGUUGGCUACGUAGUCUUAGAAGCCUGCCCCUUUACCUUGCAAACCGGACAGUGUUUUAGGUUUGGCUCCAGCAUCUACUGUGGUCACUACCACUACUAGUUCGAGCACCAUGCUGUUUACUUCAAUAUCAGGUGUUUCUACCUCUACAGCUGCUACGGAGCUUUUAUUUGGUGCUCCGACAAUUUCUGCUAGUACACUUGGUGGUAUAAUCUUGGAAUGUGGAUUAAAAUUCUCUAGAGUUGGUGGAGCAGCUUCUACAACAUCUACUACAACGUCCACAACUACCACCACCACUGUUACCACCAACACCACUACCACAAUUACCAGUGACUUUAAUCUGAAUCUAAGAUCACUGACAUCAACUGGGAUUAAUAACACUGAUCUAGGCAGUGUUUCUUCUGUACCUCUUACUUCAACUGUUAAUUCAGUAGUAACUCCUGUGAUGGCUUAUGGUCAGCUGGAUGGGUUGAUAAACAAAUGGAACCUUGAGGCAGAGGAUCAAGAGAAACUCUUUUUACAUCAGGCCACCCAAGUCAAUGCUUGGGAUCAUACACUGAUCAAGAAUGGUGAAAAGAUUACUGCUUUGCAUAGAGAAGUAGAAAAUGUGAAGCUUGAUCAAAAAAGGUUGGGACAAGAAUUAUAUUUUAUCUUGUCUCAGAAGAAAGAAUUAGACGAUGUACUGACUCCAGAUGAAUCUGUGAAGGACGAGAGUGGGCCUGUUUAUCUCUUGCACGCAGAUGAAAAACAGGAGAGGACGCAUGAAGCAAAAGAAGGUAGAAGAGGUAAAGGUUUUUGAAGAUUGUCGUCGCAAGGAACAGCAUCAAAAUAUGAAGAUUUCCUUUGAUUAAAGGCCUAUAUCUUUAGCAUAUUGUUUCGAGAUUAUUAAUUACCUAUACAUUUUGAUGGUGUUAAAUAGAGUAGUAUUUACAGUUAGUAGUUAAUCUUUGGUUAAAAUAAAAUGUGCAUGCAUUUUUUCCAUUUAAAUAUUGUGCUAUUAUGAAUUAUACUGUAGUUUUGCUUUCAAAAUUAAAUAAAAGCUACUGUUAGUUCCUUUGUCCACGCAGCAAUCUAUUGGAUGCAUACUCUAUGUGUGUAAUGUAUAUCUUACCCUCCUAGAUUUCGCAUCUUACCACCAAUGCACAUAUUCCUUCUCACUCCAACUGAAUUGUGGGGAGAUGUUUGCCAAAAAGUACAUGCCAACCAGUCUUUACUGUGUGCUUGUUAGAUUCAAUGUAAAGUGCUAGAUACUGUAAAGCCUCUACCUUUAAUAAAACUUACUAUCUAGUUUGACUUAUAAUUAACUCCUAUCUGUAUAAAAAUGACAUAAACAAUAUAAGGAAAUGUGUUAUGAACUACCGAAGGUUUGUUAAAGAAAUUCAGGGAGUGAACAGGGUGAAUUUAGAAUUUGUAUAUGUGCUGCCGAAGUGAGCAUGAAUUUAGAAUUUGAACUGGGUUUCUCGGUCUUGUUUUUAGUUUUGGUUUGGUUUGGUUUUUGGUACUGAGGAUCAUACACAAGUCCUCACAAAUGAUGGACAAACACUCUACCACUGGGAGAAAAUAUUUUUGAAAUUAAUAUUAGUGGAAGUUAGUCUUAUUAGUAAACUAAAUUCCAAAACUUUCAUGGCCUCUCCUUUUCGUAUUCAAACUUUUCCAAAAAGCAUCUUCUUAUCCAACUAAGUCUUUGUUACCACUCAAAAUUAUUGAAUGUAAAGAUAAUCCAGAGACCACUUAAUCUUCUUGCUGAUUUCUGUGGGCAAACAACCCAGGCCCACAAAAGUUAUUUUAGAAAGAAUAGAUUCAUGGAAUUCCCUUAUUCUUUUAUUGUAAGAUAUCUAAUGGCUCUUUGGCUUUAAUAUAUGAUGUAUGGUUUUUGUUGGUUUUCAUGUAUUCACUUACUUGUUUGUCAAGAAAGUAC